AAAGUCAUUUUUCACAUUUAAUAGUAUUACUAUUAUAUCUGAACAAUUUUGCAAGUGCAAAUAAAAAGUUUGCCAUUUGUUUGUCCUUGUCGAGUAUAAAAGGAUUCUCCUUUUUUGGCAGAAUAUGGGGAGAACCAAAGCAACACCAACUAGUCAAUCUAAUUUGAUAAAUGGGUACCGAACGUAUUUAAAUUUCGCAAAAUGAAAACCCUCGGCAAGUAUCAACCAACCCGUUUAAAUGGAUUCGUCACAUUUGAAAUUCCUGACAUUAUCCACCCCUCAUUCCCUAAGGUAACCGUUACCGGGAAAUAUCUACGCAUCCAACCACACACUUUUCGACCCGAAGUAGAUCCUGCUAUUGUUGACGAAAUUUCUGAGAAAUACUGCAAAUUGGCGAACCAAUACGGUUUCGGUGACCAUCACUUUAAACGCUACUCCAUCAAGACCAUGAUCCUCACCGCGGUUCAGUUCGCCCUCUAUUGGAAUCCAUGGGUAGAUCUGAGGUCAAAACAGAUGGAUUUUAUGAUGCGUAAAAAUAUCUGGCUCUGGUUUUUCGAUGAUGCUAUGGAAGAAUUUUGGACAAGUAAGAGUCCCACAGUUGGCGGGAAAAAGCACAUUUCAAAGUUACAGAUUGUCCACAGCACUUAUCUGAAAAUUUUUCAUGGCACUUGGAAUUCCAAAGAAGAGUUACCCAGUUUCCCAGAAUACCCCCAGCUGGGGGCAAUGUGUGCCUGGAUCAAUGAUGUUGUCAAGUUGGGGGUGGAGAUUAGGGGGGACGAGUACUUCAAGGAAUGUGACCACCUUAUCAGAAUAUUUCAAACCAUUGUAGAUUGCAACCAUUGGUUUACCGUUAACCCGGUGGAUGGAAGAUACACUCAAUCAACAUAUCACUUCUGGCGAGUUGUCAAUGCUGGCGGAAAUUUUGUGUUGGAGCUCACGGCAAUCAUGAUGGACAUCCGAAUACCUCUCGAGAUUAGGCGACAUCCCGCCUUCGAUCGAUUGAUCACGAUUGCAAUGACCAAUGCUCAACUGGUCAAUGACGUCCUCGGCGUUCGAAAGGAUUUCAGCUAUGGAAACGGUGACCUCGAUAACGAAGUCGUUUUCCACGUUUUGCACAAGAAUGAAUCUGUCCAAGAAGCGGUGGACGCGUUGUGCGACAUGAUUAAUGGAGAUCUGCACGACCUGCUUUUAAUUAAGGAAGCAUUAAUCGAUAUUUUCGGAGAGGAAGAGAAUCUCGUCAAUUUUUUCGAUUUGAUCGAUUUGUUUAUCGAUGGGCAUAAUUUUAUCUAUGUCAACAACAUUAGGUACAAGUGUGAACGUGGGUUUGUUCGAUUGUCCAGAGACGAGGAACUAAAUGGCGUAGUUACGAAGCAAGCAAUAAUAUAGUAUUUGAUGAACUGAUUGGUUGAUUAAAUUACAUAAAAAUAUUAGCUUGGUUAUCAUUUUAUGCUUUGUGAACAAAAAUUAUGGAUCUGUUUCACGUGCACAUUCGCAAUAUUAAUUUAACGCGUCGAAUAAUAAACUACUUUAA